AUGUCUAUCAACCGUGGUGUCUACAUUGAUUCCGCCCACAGCCUCUACGUCGCUGAUGCAGAGCCCACAUCCGGUACUUUUCCAUCAGGUUCGACACUCCAACCGGGCGAGGUGACCAUCGCCAUCAAAAGCAGUGGGAUAUGCGGUUCGGACAUCCACUUCUGGAAGCAUGGCGGCAUCGGCCCCCGGUUGUCUUUUGAUGAGGGUGCGUUACUGGAGCCGUUAAGUGUGGCGCUGACUAGCGUGACGAGAGCAGGGGUAACCAUUGGCGGUCCGGUGGUUAUUUGUGGCGCUGGACCUAUCGGGUUGAUUACGCUGCAGGUUUGUCGGACUACGGGGGCAUGGCCAAUUGUUAUAACAGAUAUCAAUGAGGCGAGGCUGAACUUCGCCGAAGAGUAUGUUCUUGGGGUUAGGGCCUGUUUGGUACGACAGGACCAGAGCCCGGAGGACUGUGCUGAGCACGUGGAUGAAUUGAUGGGUGAGGAGAUUGAAACUGCCAUCGCCAUGGAAUGCACCGGAAUUGAGACUAGCUUGGCCACAGCAGUACAUAGCGUCAAGUUUGGCGGGAAGGUGUUUGUAAUUGGGGUGGGCAAAGAUAAAUUGGAAAUUCUCUUUAUGAGGAUGAGUGCUCGCAAGAUCGACCUGCAAUUUCAGCAAAGAUAUGUCAAUACGUGGCCGAGGGCUAUUCGGGUUUUGGAAAGCGGCAUGAUCGACCUGAAGAAGCUGGUGACCCAUGAAUUUUGCUUAGAAGACGCUGUAGAAGCGUUUGUGACGGCCGCUGAUCCAACACAUGGCGCUAUUAAGGUGCUCAUUCAGUCUGGCUAAAUAAAUAUCUUGGUUUGUUUUCCGGUCACUAUAUCAGACAUUUCAAAGAGACAAACAAGAAUGCGCU